UAUAUAGACUGCCCAUUGAAAAGAAAAAAAGAAAAAGAAAACUCAUGCACACAAUUGCAGCCGCAACAAAACAUCCCCAAAAGCUUGCUGAUACUCAAAGGCAGUGGCCACUGGUGGUGGUGGAGGAGAUCAGCUAAGGAGGCCGGAGAUCGGAGAAUGAGAUUCCCAGUCAUAGCGAAGGCUUUGCUGAGCCGAAACAGAAAUCAACUUUCACCACCGCUGCUGUUUUCCGUUCUUUCACGCUCCUUCUCGCACUUUCUCUCACAAUCUCAGCUACCGUCGUUUGGCAUUGCGUUUGAUAUAGAUGGCGUCCUUCUUCGAGGCGAAUCUCCCAUCGGCGGCUCUCCUCAAGCUCUCAAACGAUUAUACGAUCCCUCCGGUGCUUUGAGGAUUCCUUACAUUUUCUUGACCAACGGAGGUGGUUUUCCUGAAUCUAAAAGAGCAUUGGAGUUGAGCAAACUUCUCGGUGUGAAUAUUUCGCCAUUGCAGGUUGUACAGGGCCACACUCCUUUUAAGCAGCUGGUGCAUAGAUUUGAGAAUGAAUUUGUUGUUGCUGUUGGAAAAGGAGAACCAGCUGCUGUGAUGACAGAAUAUGGAUUUAAAAAUGUUCUCUCAAUUGAUGAGUAUGCAUCUUAUUUUGAUGGCAUUGACCCGCUUGUCCAAUAUAAGACAUGGACAACUAAGCAAGCUGCUAAACAGAGUAGUACUUUAGAGCAGAUGAGUACAAGAGACAGUAUCCACUCACAGAGAGUAAAGGCAGCAUUUAUUGUCAGCGAUUCUGUUGACUGGAGCAGAGACAUUCAGGUUAUGUGUGAUAUUUUAAGAACUGGAGGGCUUCCUGGAAGAGAGCUAGGACACCAACCAGACCUGUAUUUUGCAAAUGAUGACCUUGCAUACCAGGCUACUUUUCCUUCAGAACGUCUUGGCAUGGGAGCUUUCAGAAUUGCAUUAGGAUCUGUCUUCAAUAGCAUUCACCCUAAUGCUCUGAAGUAUACAUCUUUUGGAAAGCCAAACCCACUUGUGUUCAAGAAUGCUGAAACUGUGCUAAAGCAACUUGUUCCAUCACUUCAUCGGGGCACUAAUCCUGUGGAUCACUUGAAUGAUGGAACUCAUCAUUUCAAUAAAUUAUAUAUGAUAGGGGAUAAUCCUUCAGUUGAUAUUCGAGGUGCACAACAGGCUGGACAUCCCUGGUUUUCUAUUUUGACAAGGACAGGAGUUUUCAAGGGAAUAGAAAAUCAUACCGAGUUUCCAGCAGAUCUGGUUGUUAACACCGUGGAAGACGCUGUGGAGUAUAUUCUGAGCAAGGAGUGUGCCUAAAUUCAUGGGCUUUCACAUUCUUCUUUUACAUGAUGAACAUGGCCAUUCGUUUCCAAAGGAAAGGGUGAUAUUGGAGGGUAGAGAAUAUCGUAAUGUCACCUGUUUGGAAAGAAGAUGGUCCUUUCUUGCUAGGUUCAAGUUCAAUUCAUUGUUUACCUCAUGCAUCUAUAUUGAUUUUUUAUUGUCAUUUAUAUGCGAAUUGUAUGCUGUAUUUGCUAGUUGUCAGUGAAGCUAAACUCUAGCUCAUUAGAAUCCAGAUGAAGUGAAUGACUGCAUGUGCUUCAUUCUUUGGCUUUUUGCUUACAUGAAAAACUGUUGCAGUGUAUGAAACAAAUUAGCGUUGUUAUAAUAUUGAAUGGUAAAUACUUGCUUUCCCUAA